AUGUCAAAUCUUAGACUCAAAUUUGAUAGUGGUAAAACUGAUUUACAACAUCAAAUUACAACAUUACAAGGUCAAGUUUCAGGAGAAACAGAUAUUAAAGAUAAAGCUGUAACUAUUUUUAAUAACUUAGAUAUUAUUUUAUCUCAAGGUUAA